AUGGGCAAUCUUCCUCGUGACCGAGUGACGCCGACUCGGUCAUUCCUGAGUACUGGCCUGGACUACGCGGGACCCAUUUCUAUCCGGACCAGCAAGAAGCGCGGACACCGCUCACAGAAGGGAUACAUCGCAGUCUUCAUAUGUUUCUGGUCAAAGGCUAUCCACCUCGAGGUUGUCUCGGAUUACAGCUCCGAGGCCUUCAUUGCCGCCUUACGCCGCUUCGUGUCGCGCAGAGGUCUAUGCACGGACAUCUACAGCGACUGUGGUACGACAUUCAUUGGCGCCGAUCGCACGCUGCGUGAGCUCUUCAAGGCGUCGACCUCCGAGGGCCAUCACAUCGCCCGCGUCGCCAGCACUCAAGGGAUCCGCUGGCACUUUAAUCCGCCAGCGGCCCCUCACUUCGGUGGUCUUUGGGAGGCUGCCGUAAAAUUCACGAAAUUUCAUCUCCGUCGAGUAAUCGGCGAAACUACACUUACGUUUGAGGAGCUUAGUACACUCCUCACACAAAUAGAGGCGUGUCUUAAUUCUCGUCCGUUACAGGCUCUGUCAGACGAUCCAGACGACACUUCGGCGCUCACACCAGGCCACUUCAUCAUCGGAGCACCGUUACUCGCGGUACCUGAGCCAUCGCUGACGGGCCGAGUCCGUACCUUGCGACCGACCACUGGUCGCGAUCCACUGGAGAUUAUCCCGGAUGAAACUCCGGCAACUACCCCGAACAUCAAGGACAAACCACAGAAGAACGAGGGAACACUCACGAGCGUUCCAGCGAGUCAGAUGACAACUCACCUGAUGGAAAGUCAAGGACCAUCCCAGGAGCCCCAACGGAACGUUGAAGGUGCGAUGGAACCAAGUUGA